AUGGGUCAAUCCAAGACGCCGUUUGUGUUUCUUCUAAAAAAUGUGUUCCUAUGCAUAGCUAUAUGCUUUCAGAGGACAGCUGCACAAAGAGAAGGCUCUUCCUUAUCACUGCCAACUGGAUUAGGAUCACUUCCAGAUGGCUCCGUCUCCCUAUCAGGAGGAACAGGAUCAAGCCCUUCCAGCUCUCUCACCGGAUCACGUCCAGAUGGCUCCGCCUCCCUGUCAGGGGCAUCAGCCCCUACCGGUUCUGGUUCCCUAUCAGGACUCUUAGGAUUACUGCCAGGAGUAUCAGAGUCUCUUGGAGGUGGUUCCCUAUCAGGUGCAGCAGGCUCACUCCCUUCCACUCCAGAAGCAACAGGAUCUCUCGGAGGUGCAACAGGUUCACUUUCUUCAGGCUCUACAGGAGGAACAGGGUCUCUUGGAAGCAGUUCGCUAUCAGGCUCACUCCCUUCAGGGUCUGUUUCCAUCCCAGGAGGAACAGGGUCUCUCGGAGGUGGAACAGGAUCUUCAGGCUCCGUUUCCAUCCCAGGAGGAACAGGGUCUCUCGGAGGUGGAACAGGAUCUUCAGGCUCCAUUUCCAUCCCAGGAGGAACAGGGUCUCUCGGAGGUGGAACAGGAUCUCUCCCUUCAGGCUCUGUUUCCAUCCCAGGAGGAACAGGGUCUCUCGGAGGUGGAACAGGAUCACUCCCUUCAGGCUCCAUUUCGAUUCCAGGAGGAACAGUGUCUCUUGGAGGUGGAACAGGAUCACUCCCUUCAGGCUCCAUUUCCAUCCCAGGAGGAACAGGGUCACUUGGAGCAACUUCCAUACCUGGCUCUCUACCAGGGGCGUCAGCAUCUUCUGGGGGCUCUGCAUUGAUACCCACAAGAAUAACAGCACCAACCAUUACCUGGCCAAUGCCAGCAACAACUACACCAGCAGUCACAUCUGAUCAUGUAGUGCUUGCCCCAUGGGCUCUUUCCCUGAUUGUUCUGGGCUGUAUCUUUGUAGGUGUCUUGAUAAGUGGAGCACUUUCUACAGUCUGCUACUAUAUGAAGCAAAUAAGAGCAUCACAACAGAAUACAUGUGUUGGAACAGGAAGUUAUACUACACAUGCAAUGCAAUGCGGGAGAUGCUGAGACAGUGGACAAUGGAAAUGAUGCAACGAGGGACAGACCAUGGUUUUAAGAAAGCUCUAAGUUGUGGCUGCUCUCCAGCUACAACAUCCUUGCUGCAUAAACAAAUAUAUACUCAGGACAUUCCAUUUCUUAUAUUUACAUGGGCUCAGGUGUUAUGUACUUUAGAAUACAGAUUGUGUGUUUUCUAUUGUGAGCCAAGCUUUAUGAUCCUUGGUGGACAUUUGCUAAGAUCUCCACUUGCCUCCCUCGCAUUCGGCACUUAAGAGGUGCAGUGCUUUGAAACUGGAAGCUUAUAGGUUUCAUAGCUUAUUAUCAAUUGACAGAAUAUCUUCUAUGAGAUGUCUUACUACUGUUUCAUGACUAUAUACUGUGCCUCUUUGAAAGAUAGGAAGAACGCUCUUGAGAUCUGAUUUAGAGAAACUGAAAACUAAGAGUAGAAAACAAAUUUAUUUUCUGACUUUUAUACUAGGCAUAAAAUGACUUCAAAUUAGUCUGUUUAAAUAAAUCCAAGACACGUGAAAGAACUUCAACAUGCUCGGUGAACUUAUGAAGAUGAUAAAUCAUAAAGUAGUCUCUCAAUGGAAAAUGCAGGCAAAUAUAGGUGGUAUGAUAAUGCAAGGUAUGUUUCUUUGGGAUUGUAUUAAAUACUAUUGAAAAAAUCAUUAAAAAUAAAAACUGAAUAAAAUUAAAGGAGCAGUUAAGUGAGUUUAUGAAAUGAAGAAGAAUCACACAAAACAUGCUUGUGAUCUAAAAGCAGAAGGAGGGGAAGCUGGAAAAUACCUUUAUAUAGCAGAUGUUGACCUCAGGGCAAAAAAAAAAAAAAGCUUGAUACAGCUUGGCUGGAAUACAAUAGCCAUUAUGUUGCAGAAGACAAAAGUGGACUAUGGAAA